GGCGGGAGGAGGGACAAAGGGUGCGCCCCGCGGGCCGGUAGUCCCGCAGCCCGGGCUUGGGGUCCGAGGACGGAUCGUCUGCGCGGACAACGCGGAGGAGCGGAGCCCAGGCGGGACUUGCGCCCGAGAUGCCGGUGCGAGGAGAUCGCGGCUUUCCACCGCGGCGGGAGCUGUCAGGUUGGCUCCGUGCUCCAGGCAUGGAAGAACUGAUAUGGGAACAGUACACGGUGACCCUACAAAAGGAUUCCAAAAGAGGAUUUGGAAUUGCAGUGUCUGGAGGCAGAGACAACCCCCACUUUGAAAAUGGAGAAACGUCAAUUGUCAUUUCAGACGUGCUCCCCGGUGGGCCCGCUGAUGGGCUGCUUCAAGAAAAUGACAGGGUGGUCAUGGUUAAUGGCACCCCCAUGGAGGACGUGCUCCAUUCAUUUGCUGUUCAGCAGCUGAGAAAGAGUGGGAAGAUCGCUGCCAUUGUGGUCAAGAGGCCCCGGAAGGUCCAGCUGGCCCCGCCCCAGGGCAGCCCACCCAUCAAUGAGGAUGACCGUGCUUUUGAGGUGAUGGACGAGUUUGAUGGCAGAAGCGCCCGCAGCGGGUACAGCGAGAGGAGCCGGCGCAGCAGCCACGGAGGGCGCAGCCGCAGCUGGGAGGACAGCCCGGAGAGGGGGCGUCCCCACGAGCGGGCGCGGAGCCGGGAGCGCGAGCGCAGCCGUGGCCGGAGCCUGGAGCGGGGUUUGGACGACGACGACUACAGGCGGGCCCGAGAGCGCAGCCGUGGCCGGAGCCUGGAGCGGGGUUUGGACCACGAUGACUACGGGCGGGCCCGAGAGCGCAGCCUCGGCCGGAGCACUGACCGGGCCUAUGACCAGUAUGACCAGGCCUACGACCGGGGCUAUGACCGCGGCUACGACCGCACCUACAGCCCAGAGGCAGAGUAUGGCCGCAGGGCCCAGCCCGAUGCCCGGUACUCGGCGCCUCGGAGUCGCAGCCGCGAGCACUUGCACUCCCGCAGCCCCAGCCCUGAGCUGAGGGGGCGGCCGGACCACACAGGCCAGUCCGACUCGGACAGGCCCAUCGGGGUCCUUCUGAUGAAAAGCAAAGCAAAUGAAGAAUACGGUCUUCGGCUUGGGAGUCAGAUCUUCAUAAAGGAAAUGACCACAACUGGUCUGGCAACUAAGGACGGCAAUCUGCAUGAAGGAGACAUAAUUCUCAAGAUAAACGGAACUGUAACUGAGAACAUGUCUUUAACGGACGCUCGAAAACUGAUAGAAAAGUCAAGAGGAAAACUUCAGCUGGUGGUGUUGAGAGACAGCAAACAAACGCUUAUCAACAUCCCAUCGUUAAAUGACAGCGACUCAGAAAUAGAAGAUAUCUCAGAAAUAGAGUCAAACCGAUCAUUUUCUCCAGAGGAGAGACGGCAGCAGUAUUCUGAUUAUGACUAUCAUUCCUCAAAUGAAAAGCUGAAGGAAAGGCCAAAUUCAAGAGAGGACAUGCAGAACAGAUGGUCCAGGAUGGGCGCCACACCCACUCCCUUCAAGGCCACGGGGGAUACUGCAGCUGCGGUUGGCACAGAGAACAGCAAGGAGCCCAGAUACCAAGAGGAACCACCAGCUCCUCAACCAAAAGCAGCCCCAAGAACUUUUCUUCGUCCUAGUCCUGAAGAUGAAGCAAUCUAUGGUCCCAACACCAAAAUGGUGAGGUUUAAGAAGGGAGACAGCGUGGGUCUCCGGUUGGCUGGUGGCAAUGACGUUGGGAUAUUUGUGGCUGGCAUUCAAGAGGGUACCUCAGCAGAGCAAGAAGGCCUUCAAGAAGGGGACCAGAUUCUGAAGGUGAACACGCAGGAUUUCAGAGGGCUAGUUCGGGAAGAUGCCGUUCUCUACCUGCUGGAAAUCCCCAAGGGUGAAAUGGUAACCAUUUUAGCUCAGAGCCGAGCUGAUGUGUAUAGAGACAUCCUGGCUUGUGGCAGAGGGGAUUCCUUUUUUAUAAGAAGCCACUUUGAAUGUGAGAAGGAAACCCCACAGAGCCUGGCCUUCACCAGGGGGGAGGUCUUCCGAGUCGUAGAUACGCUGUACGAUGGCAAGCUGGGCCACUGGCUGGCUGUGAGGAUCGGAAACGAACUGGAGAAAGGCUUAAUCCCCAACAAAAGCAGAGCUGAACAAAUGGCCAGCGUUCAGAAUGCCCAGAGAGACAAUGCUGGGGACAGAGCAGAUUUCUGGAGAAUGCGUGGCCAGAGAUCUGGUGUGAAGAAAAACUUAAGGAAGAGUCGUGAAGACCUAACAGCUGUUGUGUUGGUUAGCACCAAGUUCCCCGCUUAUGAGAGGGUUUUGCUGCGAGAAGCUGGUUUCAAGAGACCUGUGGUCUUAUUUGGCCCCAUAGCAGAUAUAGCACUGGAAAAGUUGGCAAAUGAGUUACCGGACCUGUUCCAAACUGCUAAAACAGAACCAAAAGAUGCAGGAUCUGAGAAAUCCAGUGGGGUAGUGCGGUUAAAUACCGUGCGGCAAAUUAUUGAACAGGAUAAGCACGCACUAUUGGACGUGACUCCUAAAGCCGUGGACCUGUUGAAUUACACUCAGUGGUUCCCAAUUGUGAUUUUUUUCAACCCAGACUCUAGACAAGGUGUCAAAACCAUGAGACAGAGGUUGAAUCCAACAUCCAACAAAAGUUCUCGGAAGUUAUAUGAUCAAGCCAACAAGCUUAAAAAAACUUGUGCACAUCUCUUCACAGCUACUAUCAACCUAAAUUCAGCCAAUGAUAGCUGGUUUGGCAGCUUGAAGGACACAAUUCAGCAUCAGCAAGGAGAAGCAGUUUGGGUCUCUGAAGGAAAGAUGGAAGGGAUGGAUGAUGACCCUGAAGACCGCAUGUCCUACUUAACUGCCAUGGGCGCAGACUAUCUGAGUUGCGACAGCCGCCUCAUCAGUGACUUUGAAGACACCGACGGUGAAGGAGGCGCCUACACUGACAAUGAGCUGGAUGAGCCAGCUGAGGAGCCACCGGUGUCUUCCAUCACCCGCUCCUCGGAGCCGGUGCAGCAUGAGGAGAGCAUAAGGAAACCCAGCCCAGAGCCACGAGCUCAGAUGAGGAGGGCUGCUAGCAGAGAUCAACUUAGGGACAGUAGCCCACCCCCAGCAUUCAAGCCAGAGCCGCCUAAGGCCAAAAUCCAGAACAGAGAAGAAUCCUUUGACUUCUCCAGAUCCCAUGAAUAUAAGUCAAACCCCUCAGUCAUUGCUGGUAAUGAAGUUUCCGGGGCACCUACCAAAGGCUGUCCCCCUCCUGUUGCAGCAAAACCUGCCUUGGGAAGGUCUAUAUUGAAGCCCUCCACUCCUGUGCCUCCCCCAGAGAGUGAAGAGGUGGGAGAGGGCAGUGAGGAACAAGAAGGCACUCCCAAGUCUGUCCUGGGCAAAGUAAAAAUAUUUGAGAAGAUGGAUCACAAGGCAAGAUUACAGAGAAUGCAAGAGCUCCAAGAAGCACAGAGUGCAAGGAUUGAAAUUGCUCAGAAACAUCCUGAUAUCUAUGCAGUUCCAAUCAAAACACACAAGCCAGACCCUGGCCUUUCCCAGCACACAAGUUCCAGGCCACCUGAGCCCCAGAAGGGUCCUUCCAGACUCUAUCAGGAUCCCAGAGGCAGUUACGGCAGUGAUGCCGACGAGGAGGAAUACCGCCAGCAGCUCUCAGAACACUCAAAGCGCGGCUACUACGGCCAGGCUUCCCGGUACCGGGACACAGAAUUAUAGAGGACGGCGAAUUGACUCUUCUGUCUCUCCGCUGCCACGACCUCAGAGCAGCGACCCCACUGAGCCACAGGAUGGUUCUUUCUAGUUUAACUACACUGUGGAGAUGUGGGACCUCAACUCCCAUUUCCUCACGGGGAGCCCAGGGGGCAGCCAGUGCAGAUUAAGAACUGAAGGCUCUGUUUGUGGAACUGGGUCUUGGGAGUUUAUGGCUUUUUGCUCAGAAUUAAGAAAAACACUACAGUCUGAUACUGUUACCUUUCUCAGUGGACCAAAAUCUGUAUUAAUUCUGUUUGCAUAUUUUUAACAUGUAUAUUAAGAAGUGAACUAUUUUCCCUCAUUAAUAUCUGCCUUCGAGGACUGUUUCAAUGAGAUGGAAUGUGGAAAAGAAAUUAAAAUACUGUUGGGCUCAAACUAAAUUCAAAGAAGUAUUUUAUUACAAUUCUAAGUGCCUUUGAUGAGAAGUGUCUUAAAUUUUCUUCCUUUGAAGCUUUAUGCAAAGCCAUAAUGGACUAAAAACGUUUUGACUAAAGUUUUAUAUCAGCUUAAUAGCUAUGGUUUUCUCUGUACUGUGUUAUCUUUUCAAGGCAUUUGUCUUUGUAAUAUUUUCAAUAAAAUCUGACUGUAUAUAUAGUAGCUAUACGUGGUAGUUCAGCUACCAGUGCUCAGUAGCUUGAAGACCAAGAAACUGGUAUAGAAAUUUUUUGUUUCUUUAAAAUCAUGUGCUCCACAAAAGCAGAUACUUGGAAAACUGUAUUUCUAAAAGUGCGUGUAUUGACAAAUUUUAUAAUUUAAUAAAAAGGAGGAUAUUGCAAUCAA